AUGUCCAAUGAGCCAAGUGUAACAUACGUUGACCGCGCCAUUCAAACAGAACCUCCUCGCCAUCUCUCCCGCUCGGAUGGCCACAAUGCUCUGAACUUACACGAACCUCUUUCAUCUCAGGAUGUGGAUGCCGCAUAUAGCCAGCUUUCCUCGCUUACUAUCUCUAAACGCGAUCACAAACUAUCUCAACUUGCCUACAAGAAACCUUCAGAACUGAACGCACUAAAAAAGCGGAUUGUAUCUCUUCCUGAAACUUCACCUCCUUCAAGAAUCGAUUCCGAACCCAUUCGAGACCGCGUCGUUUCAAUGUCAGAGCAAGUUAAAGUUUCUCUUGUGUCGUCAGCCGACAAUAGUCUGUCCUCAGACUGCUUUGAAAGCUCGGUAGAAACUUCUCAGAGCCAAAUCUUAUCCGAUCUAGGCAGUUCAUCCGCCAAGCGCGCACGUCCUCGUCGAUCAUUGGCUUUUCCACAAACUCCAUCUCCCCCGUCUUCGCCAGAAUCUAUCAUGAUCAUUGGCAAUAAUAUGCAAGUUCCGAGUUCUUUUCUCCGGCAAAAGGCGAUCAAGUUUCCGAAGGCCCUCGCAGACGAUAAUACCUGGAACACCUGGGCGAGCUCUCCCCCAAGGCCUAUACCCGCUUUACACGGCCCACUUUCCCUGCCAUAUGCCCGAUGCCCUUCGAUUAACUUGUCUUUUAGAGGCGCGGAGGGUACCAUCAUUGAAGGAGAAGACAUGACGCGCACGAUCUGGGGCCUUGGAAACGAUGCUGGCGCUCGCGAACAUGGCGUUGAUACCAAAUUCGACACUCAUCCUGAUCAAUCUCUUUCAGUACAGAAGCGAGAUACCCUUAAUCAAUCAAAGCUCCACACUCUUGGAAUCUGUACAGUCAGCAAUACGCCUUCAGAACGCGCGGAACAGUCAAAGGUUCUUGGAAAUCCACCCUCAGAUAGCCUCUACGUUUCCCCUAGUAGCGUAUCCGGCAUCGAUGCUCUUAACCAUCUUCAUCAAUUUCCGGACAACCUCAAGCGAUCUGUGAAAGGGCGAGACCCUAUUCAAGGUCUUGGACUUGUUUGGAACAAUACUCAACCUAGCAACGCGGAUAUCCACGGGGUCAAUGAACAACCUCAUUUGAAGGCUUCCGCGCCAGAGUUUAUACCCAGAGGAAGGCUUUCUGACCAUCCUCAACCUCGUGUCACUGUUGAACCUGCCGUUCGUUCUCACUAUAUCGUUCCAAAGCCUCAAAUUCCCGCCAUCGAUCUGGCCUAUGAAUACCGUGCACAACGAGAACGUAAGACUCCCUUAUUGGCUUCUCCCAGCUCAACGUCCUCAAGUUGGUCUCCGUAUCUUUCUACGCCCCUACCCUUGCACACUGAAAGGUUUGCUGAUGUUUGGAAUAGCGAAGAUGCCGCUGACGAGCUUCGUCGUUUCAUUUUUGAACGGAUCGGACAACAGAAUCUUAGCCCAGGCGAACUGAAGCAAAUUUCUGAACUUGCUCGUUCCAUGAACUUGGACCGUCCUUCGGCUUACCCGUCUUCCAGCUAUGAAAGACCUUUCUUCGCAACUAAAUUUCCGCCAGAAAGUCCUCUGAAACUCGAUUUCCACCAUCCUGGUCCCCCACCGAACACACCACUACCUCCGAUUCCCUCCCAGAAUCCCAAAGCUAUGUCGUUGGCCCCUCCUUCGCCAAAGUCUUCCGUGCUCCGCCUGGGAGGUCGACCGGGUACUCAACCUCGUUCAGUCCCAUUCGCACGUCUUCUCCAGCGAAAACUCUCUGUAGUACCCGAGGAACCCGGGUCAACUGCGGAGCACCCACCCACUUCCCCUCGUAACGAGCGUACUGCCUUUGGAGGAGGUGCUGAGGGACAACAUUACAAGCCAUACUUUGCUCACACUAGUCAAAAUACUCCGCGUCUUCCCGACAUCUCCAACCAUGAUGGUGCCAUACACCGUUCACACUCGUAUUCCUCGCAUUUUGGAAGUGAACCAUUCACUGCAGGUAAUUUGGAAGUUGGUGGAUUUAUCCAAUUGGGGCCUCGAACGAACUCGACAAACGCCAGUGCUCAUAUUAGGGCAGUUAAACCCCCAUUCCAAGGUGUGAUCGUAUCAGAAGAUAUCCGUGAACGACCAUGCAAGAUAAGGAGCAAUAUGGUAGCAACUGCUUCUAGCGGUGUAAUCGCUAAUAAAGAGAAUGGCCCUGCAAUUGGCAGAAGCGACAGCGCAGGAAGUAACCGGAGCGGGAAGACGUUUUCAAGCGUCACUGGGAAGGAGACUGUUCGGAAGAAGUUCAAGUCCAAGAAACAAGGGAAUAGCGUCACCACUAGUGCGGAAACCUUCGUGUCUACUGGCGAUCCUUGGUUGAGCGGCUCAGAGCUAGACGCGUGGCUCGCAUAG